AUGCCUACCUAUCCUCUUCAACUCACCUGCCUGGGGGUGAUCUACGGCACUCCCCUCUUGGCUUCGAUAUUCGUUAUUCUGCGGAUAUACACACGGCGGAAGCUGAACUUACGGUUAAGCUGGGAUGUCAAGAUGUGGCAUGUUGGCGUGCAUAUCUGGGAGGUGCCGCCGAACGAGAUAGAACCAAACUAUGACGAGUACUAUGCCGUUGUCAUGGCGUUCAACCUCUUGAACAUCCCCAUACUACCGCUCGUCAAAGCAUCGAUCAUCCUUCUCCUCCUUCGGGCCGGUUCCGUUAUUGAAUGGCUCAAGCGAGUGCUCUAUGCCAUCUUGGUCUUCACUGUUGGAAGCGCAUUGAUACCAUGGUUCUUGUACAUCUUCAUCUGUCCACCUCUAACUGGAAACACUUGGAAGCCGAGGACUUUCGGCAACCUGCAUUGCAUGGGCAGACACAAAAUGGGAGAAAUGUUGAUCUGGGUCACAUGCGCCAAUCUACUCACCGAUGUUCUGAUCCUCCCGAUACCUUUCAUCAUCGUGCGAAGGAUGAUGAGUGCUCGGUUGAGGUCCCGUUUGGUGGUAUUGGUGGUGUUUACAUGCAGUCUCGCUGUUACUGCCAUCGGCGCGGCAAAGAUCUACUUAUCGUAUCGCGACCGCCUCUACACUCUGUUCAACCCCGAUUGGACCUACCCGAUCGACUACUGCAUCAACCACAUUGAGAACAACGUAGCAAUCAUCGUAGCCAACAUACCGAUCCUACGCGGCCUCGUCACACGAUGGAUCUUCAACUUCCGCACCAAAGCGACGCCCAUUGAUCGCGAGUUUCGUGGUGAUUGGCAACAGCAACAGCAACAACAACAACAACCGAGAAAGUCGGACGCUUCAGACUUCAGCCGCUACACAAGAAAGAACCGCGUGGUACAGAAGAUCCUCCCCUGCAUCCAGGAUGAUUUUUCCAGCAGCCUGGCCUCGCGCUCCAAAGGCGACCUCAGCAGUAAGGUGGACUGCCGGCCAGAUUUCCCACCUCGAAUCUGCACCACAGGCGAACAGCGUUACCAGAAACGAAGUUACUUUCCUCGAUCGCGAAGGAAUAGCUUGGAUCGGUAUAGCACGGCCGACUCCUGCGAGAAGGGUGACAUAUUAGAGACGGUUAGGAGUGUGGGUAGUUUGGGUUCUGCGCCAACGCUCGUGGAGAGUAAAGAUGCGUAUACGGAGUGGAAAAGCAUGGACAGCCCAACGCUGAGCCCCACAGCGAGGUUCUCCACGCAGACGUUAUGCCCCAUUGCGCCGUUGACGCCGGCGAGGUUGCGGGGGAUUGAAGAUGAUGAGGUUGACGAUGAGAUAUACCCAUACCCGAGAGCAUUAUGA